AUGACGGGUAUCAUCGCUACCGACAGGAAGUUAAUGCCCCAAGAACGACAGUACCUCCAAGACGAUGUUAGGGUGGCGGUUGGUCAAAAGGACUACCCCGCUCCCCAAGAACCUGCCUUGGUCUCGACGUGGGAGGAUGAACUCAACAUUAAAGAAGUUUUGUACGGAGUCUCUACUGACCUUGAUCGAGAAGCCCUGGCCGGUCGUUUUCUCCAAUUGUUCAGAUAUCUAUCCAAGGCUGUGUAUGCGUAUGGGGCCGGACUCCGCCACCAAAUCAGGGGAUUCGGUGUAAAGAUGGCGGUCGAAGCCGUCAAUCUCAUCAUUGAUAUGUAUAGUCGGUCUGGGAUCUACAGAUUUAAUCAGACUGCUGCCUACAACCUCACCCAUAAGCUCAAGGUAGGGAAACCGAAUGUCCGCGCCUUCGAAUACGCAGGCCAUGAAGGCUUUACUGGCAUCAUCCAAGAUUUCUUCUUGGCUUACAGUCGUACUGGAGGGCAUGUGAAUGACACUCCAAAUGCUACAAGCGACCUUCUUAACGCAAUAGCUGCAGUCGAAUUCUACAACUCCUUCAGAGCACUUAGCGCUGCUUUUGAGAACACUAGAUCUAAAGCCUAUCGCCUUGGACAGAAAAUAGUAGGUCCUAGACCUUUUGCAUCUGGCGAAGAGAUGGCAAAGCAUUUCUUUGCAAAGGCUUGUGGGUACGCCCUCACGAAUGCAGAGAAGGAAUUGGAAUUCGCAGCGUUGUACGCCAAGAUGUACAACUUUAGUCCAACAAUGAUCUUGUUUCUCCCACACAGCUACAAGACCAGAAUUAGGAAGCUUGGAAUCCCAAGGAUGAGGAGGCUCGUCAUGGCAAUGGCCAUGCCUGGCCACUUGCCGGAAAUCCGACAACAGUGGGCGCACGCUGGAAAACAAUUGUACGACAGCGUGAAAAAUUCAAAGGGUACCGCAAAAGUGCCCCAUAUCUACCUCCGAACACUGCAUGAAGGAGUACCUCGGACGAUGGUGGACAUCACUAGUGAGGUCGAUAUGCACUUCAGGACAGUCAUCAGGAGUGCGCCAAACAAGCGUAAGGCUGCAGCCCUUGAGGAACGAUUCUGA